CACCACCCGGAGAAACUGAGAAUAUGUUAUUACUCUGACGGGGACAAGCCUUUUCUGAGAUAUAACCAACCAUCGAUAUACCGAUACACCGAGACACAAGGACAGCAUCACGGCAUCACUGUCUCCUGAAUACACUGUGAACAGAGCUGAUUUGGAAGAAUCGUGAUCAAGGUAUUUUUAUCAAUAGAAGGUGUGGUGUGUUUGACCCAUAAUGACCCAAAAUGACUCUGACGUCUGGUUCGAGGAGUCUUCAGGUUCAGGGAUGUCUACACCUCUUUCCCUGCUGGACCAAUCAGAUCCCACGGCCGUGCCUGAGGCCUCUCCUCUCAGCCUAUGGGGAGUGGCACUGUGCGUAUCGGGAACUCUCAUCGUGUCCGAAAACGCCAUCGUAGUGGCUGCCAUCUUGGCUACGCCUUCUCUCCGCGCUCCUGUCUUCCUACUCCUCGCCAGCCUGGCAUUAGCCGACCUGCUGGCGGGCGUGGCCUUGAUCCUCCACUUCCUCUUCCUGUUUUGUGUGGAGCCCACGGAUUGGUCGGAGCUGAUGACGUCAGGGUUGCUGGCGACAUCACUGACGGCCUCCCUCCUCAGCCUGAUGGGUGUGGCCCUGGAUCGUUACCUGUCUCUAAGCCAAGCCCUCACCUACGGCUCCCGCCACUCGCGCCGCUGUGCCACUGGUCUUCUGGCACUCGUCUGGCUGGGGUCUUGUCUGAUUGGCUCGGGGCCGGUGCUGGGUUGGCACUGCCUCAAUGACAUCACAUCCUGUUCCGUUGCGCGACCCCUGACCCGGACAUACCUGUCGUUGCUCUGCGGCGGCUUCCUUCUGGUCGUCAUGGUCACGCUGCAGCUGUACACCGGGAUCUGCCGUGUCGCAAGGAGGCACGCCCACGCCAUCGCCACGCAGAGACACUUCCUGCCUGACGACCAAUCGUAUGCCAGCAAGCACGGGGGCCGGGGUAAGGGACUCUCUCGGCUGUUGUUAGUCCUCGGAGUGUUUGUCAGCUGUUGGACGCCCUUCGCCCUCUAUGGUUUGCUGGGCGACGCAUCGAGCUCGCCCCUGUAUACGUACGCUACGCUAGUGCCGGCGGCGGGGAACUCUCUGCUCAACCCUCUGCUGUAUAGCCUGAGGAACAGAGACAUACGACUGGUGCUGCUGCAUGCCUGCUGUCCUCACAGACACAACACACACAGGCCUGUUGAUGUGUAGGAUGGACACACACACACACA